AUGCCACCCUCAUCUACCUUUCCGCCCGAAAUUUACGACAGAAUAAUCGACGAAAUAUCACCACCAUCGAAGGACGCCCUCUCCACCUGCUCCCUAGUAGAGCGUUCAUGGGUUCCUAGAUCCAGAACGCACAUGUUCCACCGCAUCGAUUUCAGAGUUCCCUCGACAAAUCAGGCAGAUCUACACAACUCUAUCGGGCACACCACUGAGUUUCAGCGGAACGUCGCUUCCAACACUGAUGUGGCUUCGUAUGCUCGUAACUUGGUCUUGGCCUUGACUAGUAGUGGCAAUAUUGCUUCUGAAAUACCACAAGCGUCGAAAUUGCACAACCUCAUUUCUUUGACUCUCAGUUGCUCCAACGUUAUCAUAUACGCGGUGAACGAUGCAAUGUUCACUAAAUUGUUGUCAUUCAUCCGCCAUAACCAGAAAUUAGAACACAUUUCUGUGCGCUCACUCGUGAUCUAUCCGCCUGCCUUCGAAGUUUUAAUGGCAUGCGCCGCAAUACGUGCUCCAGUCCUGCAAAGCUUACACUUGCAGUCCAUCUGGGGCCCAGAUUGGAUUACAGACGCUUGGGAUCGACGAAAAUCGGUACCUGCUCGGCCGUCACAGUCGUGCCGCCAAGCUAGUUGCCUUACGGGGCUCUACAUAUCUCAUUGCGAGAAUGGAGUCAUCACGACUUUCUUAGGUUCUUUUGACCUACGAAACCUGCAUCGAAUAGCUCUGAUGACACUCGAUUGGGGUUCCUGCAUGACAAUGAUCGAUGCGACAUUAAACUCAACAUUGAUCCAUUUCACGUUAGACCUUUCGGACCAUAGGCACGGCGUCGGCGAGGAACAUAUGUUCAAUCGCUUGGUGAACGUCCUCACUGUUCAGCUUGUGCUGAAGCGAUUCAGUGACGCUCCAAUGGUAUUACAUGGGCUUCAACGAGCUCUCUUCCAAGGGAACCCUUGCAUACAAAAACUACACCUUCAAUUUCGGCAAUAUCCUUCUCCAUCUGAUACCAUGGUUGAUACGGCACUCAGGGAACUUCAUCUUACCCUCCCUUCUAUAUGUAUCAGCAUUGGCUUCGAGGUUCAGGAAGGUAUCAGGCCAUGUGCCACGACUACGAACAUCGGUGCAUUGUUCGGAUGGAUGGGCCAAACUGGAAGGUUGCAAUUUGAGGCUUUGGAUGAUUGGUGGGUUCAUGAAGCCACCACACGUUGA